AUGUGGGGUGUAACAGUUGUAUUGGUUAUUGGAUUCCUGAUGUUGGUCAUGGGUGCUCAAAGGCGACGUAGAAGGUUUAUGAGAAAACAGCCUUCAAGAAGUGAAGUUGAUGAAAAGAAUUAUAGAAGGAUGCUUUGGAUGAGAGUCUUAGAACAUGAGUCUACUUGUUUUGAACAGUUACGCAUGAAACCUGCUGCAUUUGAGAAGUUUUGUGCACUCUUACGGGAUAGAGGGGGAUUGGGCGCACUUGGAGCACUUGAUGGGACAUUUAUUGAUCUAACGGUUCCUAUCGAAGAUAAACCAAGAUAUCGAAAUAGGAAGGGUGACAUUAGUACAAAUGUUUUAGGUGUUUGUGAUGCUAAUAUGAAGUUCAUCUAUGUAUCACCUGGUUGGGAAGGAUCUGCAGCAGAUUCUAGAGUUUUACGUGAUGCUUUGACUAGGCGCAAUGGGUUAAAAAUCCAAUCAAAUAAAUACUAUCUUGUGGAUGCUGGAUACACAAAUGGACCAGGGUUUCUAGCUCCUUAUCGUGGAACUAGGUAUCAUCUUAAUUUGUGGAGAGGAAACACCCCAAGGGAUCACAAGGAGCUAUUCAAUCUUCGGCAUUCAUCGGCAAGAAAUACAAUUGAAAGAGCAUUUGGAUUAUUGAAGAAGCGAUGGGCAAUACUACGCACAGCUAGUUUUUUUGAUGUGAAAACACAAGUUAGGAUUAUUAAUGCUUGCUGCAUCAUUCAUAAUUAUCUUCGCGAUGAAAUGCCCAAUGAUCAACUAUUGGAUGAUGUGGACCGAGACUUAGAAAAUACACCUGAGGUGGAAGAUGAAGAUGUGGAUGAUGAGAACAUUAGAGUAGUCAAAGUAACUCGAGAGUGGACAACAUUUAGAGAUGCUUUAGCUAUGGAAAUGUUUGCAAAAUAUCAAGCUAUUAGAAGAGCUCAAGAUUCUUGA